AGAGAGAGAAUCUCUGUUACUCAAUCAAAAGUAUCUCAACCUAGUUUAUUGGAGCGUUAAACCAUCUCUCUCAAGUCUUUAGAUAGCUGUGAUUAUCUCGUCUUUAUGUGCGGUAUUUUCUUUAUAUAGACGAAUAAAUGCAUCAAACCCAACAAAAAACAAAAACAAGAGAAAAAAUGACAUAUGAAAAUAAAGAGGAGCAUUAGCGCGACAAGAUUCCCGCAAUUCACAACCCUGGAGGCUGGAAUCUGCAGCAGUGGUGAUAGUGAGUGCAGGGCCCCGAGACACGCGAGACACGUAACACUACGUACCGUACCGUUGCACAAACGACACGACACGAUACAACACAACACCACAUCUCACGUCACUCCUCACCUGCACCGCCUCUGCUGUGUCGCCAAGGCAGGAUUUAGAGGAAGGAACAAGAGACUAGAGAACCCAGGAGAGUGAGGCCAAGAGCAGCGAACAGGUCCCGUCAGCCGUCAGCUCUUAUGAUUUCCCUCGCCAUCCCGGAGUUUACGACAUGGGAGGGAAAAAUCUUCGUGGGGGUGCUUGGCUUCUCUUGGGCCACGUACAUGUGGGAGGAGUACCUGGCGUACAGACAGCGGCGAGUGUACCGGGAGAAGAAGGAGCCGCCGGUGGAGCUGAAGGACAUCAUGGAGAAGGACUCUUAUGACAAAGCUCGAGCGUACAGCAUAGACAAGAGUAACUUUGGCCUCAUCUCGGGGGCCUUUGAUCAGGUGGUGGGCACAGGAGUGAUGGUGUUUGGAGGGUACUCAGUGCUGUGGGCCAUGUCCGGUAAAGUGGUGGAGUGGCUGGGCUUCCCUGCCAGCGGUGAGAUUCCCCAGACAGUGAUGUUUGUGGGACUGCGUUCUGUGUUGUCUACCAUCAUCAACCUGCCCUGGUCUGUCUACUUCACCUUCUGGGUGGAGCAGAAACAUGGUUUCAACAAACAGACUCCUGGAUUCUUUAUAAAGGACAACCUCAAGAAGUUUAUUGUAACCCAAGUCAUCUCAGCACCUGUUGUUUCUUCCCUAGUGUACAUCAUAAAGGUAGGUGGUGACUACUUCUUCAUCUACCUGUGGGGCUUCACAACAGCUGUCAUGCUCUUCCUGAUGACGAUAUACCCAAGCUGCAUUGCUCCUCUGUUUGACAAGUACACUCCACUUCCUGAGGGCAACCUGAGGACAAAGAUAGAAGCACUGGCAAAGCAAAUAGACUUCCCUUUGACUAAACUCUAUGUGGUGGAAGGCUCCAAGCGUUCUGCUCACAGUAAUGCUUAUUUCUAUGGAUUUUUCAAGAAUAAGCGCAUCGUUCUGUAUGACACACUACUAGAGGACUACACGCCACUUAAUGAGGACAGUGUGGAGAGUGAGAAAGAAGAAGUGAAGGAGAAGAAGACUGGGUGCAGUACUGAGGAAGUGUUGGCAGUGCUUGGACAUGAGUUAGGACACUGGAAGCUGAAUCACGUUCUGAAGGGUAUCAUUAUAUUCCAGGUCAACUUGUUCCUGGUGUUUAGUGUGUUUGGGUCGCUGUACAAAUACUCACCCCUGUACCGAGCAUUCAGCUUCACUCAGAGUCAGCCGGCCUUCAUUGGACUCAUCAUUGUCAUGCAGUAUGUCUUUGCACCGUACAAUGAGAUUCUUCAGUUCUUGCUCACAAUGUUCAGCCGUCACAACGAGUUUCAGGCUGACAAGUUUGCCAGGGAACUUGGGUUCUCUGAGAAGCUUAAGAUGGCCUUGAUCAAGCUGAAUGAGGACAACCUUGGCUUCCCUGUAUAUGACCCUCUUUACUCUGCCUGGCACCAUUCCCACCCACCUAUUCUAGAGCGCAUUAGGGCCCUAGAGCCCAAAGCAAAAGAGGAUUAAAAGGUGACUGCAGCACAAUAGUCCAUAUUUUCAGACACUUCACCUUCUUAACUAUUUUCAUCUGGCUCUAGUGGAAGUUAUUAGAGCUUUCAAGAGUGUUUUCAUGGUAAGGCAACAUCCACACUAUGGGUCGUGCCACACUACACCGCACACGUCAAUCCCCAUGAUGAUCACAUUUAGGUGAGAGAGGGGUCAUGACACACAGUAUGGGUAAAUCUGGUCAUGGGGCAUUUUAGGAGGGCAGUGUAGCACAACAGAACCGGUUUAACCUGGAUUUAUGGUGUGGUCCAGCUGUCCUGCACUGCUUCGCUCAUCAGUCAUGCCUAGAAACAUUAAAUGGACAUGGGAGGCCAUCUUUUAACUCAUUGACAUGAUACAAGACAGUGUGUUAUAAGAAAAAGAGUUGACAAUUCAGAUGUGACUGGCAAUGCAGCAGAACACGGGGUUGUCACCUCUGGCAAUGCCACACUUCACAAUUCAUAGUGUGGAUACUCACCCCCCAUUCCCCUCCCAUGAAUCUAGGAAUGACUCACAAUACAACCUCUAGUGUGGAUGCCACUAACAGUGAUUGUUUCAUGAGUUUUCAUACAAGUUAUUAGGGUGUCGAGGUUGCUUUCAUGAUUCAAGUGAAAAUUCUUUAGGAGAAGAUUCCAGCUAUUGGGGAUCUCAAGGAUGCUUUCAUGAGUAGUGAUAACUUAAGAAUUCUGCUUCAUUGGAAGAAAAAAAAAUACACCUAUGACAACUUAACUAAUCUAUGUGGCCUGGAUAACCAAUCUUUUCCAAAUAAGGCCCGAGACACACCAAGGAAAUCUGCAUCUAAAUGUGUUGUAGUAUGUGUAUUUUGCAGUGCAGUGAUGUUAUGUAGGAGAGACUGAGUGAAAAGUUGUAGAAUGUUAGUGAGAUUAAUCAA